AUGUUUUAUUUUAGAUUAUUGUUGACAGCUUUGUUAGCAAUAGGUGCGGUGAAUUUUCAUGAACAUAAUAAUGUUCGUGAAGACUUUAGUGCGGAUGAUUCACCAUCACGGUAUGAAUAUGCGGUUACUGAAGAUUUUUUCCGAAAUUUUGGAUCACCCUUUCAUGUGGUGGUAGCUAUGAAAGCUGCUGAUGAUGGAUCACUUUUAAGACCUAAAUAUUUGGAUAAAGUGAUUGAAAUCGAAGAUUAUUUACAAUCAAAACUUAGCGUUCCAUACAACGGACGACAGAUUACUUAUUCGGAUUUUUGCGAAUCGAACUGUGAAACGAGUGAUGUUGUGAGCAUUUUUCUGAACAUGUACAGAGAAGUUCAUAUCAGGAAGAAAGGAAAUGUCAAAUUGACGUAUCCAUCAAUGGAUGUAUUUGGUAAUCGAAUAUAUCUUGCCAAUAAUAUUUUUCAAGUACAACUCAACAAUAAAUCCCAUAUAAUCGAAAGUUGUCGAUUGAUUGCGAUUAAUUUUCAAGCAAUUCAAAAAAAUGCUUCAAGUGUGGAAAUAAUGAAACUUUGGGAGCAGAAGGUGUUCAUAUUUUCCGAAAGUACUAAAAAUGAUUCAUUGAUCCGAGUUUAUGCUACAUCUGAAGGCUUAGUGAGCAGAGAAGUUCGUCGAACAGGUUUACAAGCAUUACCUUUCAUUACUGUAUCAUUUAUUGCGGUAUUAUUAUUUACGGUAAUAACAUCACUGAAACAAGAUCCAGUAACCAGUAAACCAUGGGAAGCAGCAUUUGGCGUUUUCUGUCCCAUACUUUCACUAAUUGCAUCCUUUGGAUUAUUAUUUUGGUGUAAAUUUCCGUUCUUACCAAUCGUUUGCGUGGUACCAUUUCUGGUGCUAGCAAUUGGUGUCGAUGAUGUCUUCAUCUUUCUUCACUGUUAUCAUCAAACUGAUCCAAGACUUUCGGUUGAAGAACGAAUUGGUAAAAUGCUUGCUGAAGCUGGGCCAUCGAUAACGAUAACAUCCCUUACCAAUUUUUUAUCAUUUGCAAUUAGCAUUUUUACACCUACUCCAGCUAUACAGAUAUUUAGUACAUACAUUAGUAUUGCGGUAGUAUUCGAUUACACUUAUCAAAUUUUCUUAUAUUCCGCAAUUUUGACAUUCGGUGCGCGCCGUGAAAAAAAACGUUUGCAUGCAUUCAUUCCAUGCAUAUCGAUUUCUGAAAGUGAAAAG